AUGGACUCGGAUUCUACCGUCACGAUUCAGUGGUUGCAAGUGCCAUCUCGUACAUGGAAGACGUUUGUUGCCAACCGGGUAUCUAAUAUACAAACCCUGACACACGGCUAUCGAUGGACUCAUAUUCCAGGAAAGGAAAAUCCCGCUGACUUGGUUUCCCGAGGAAUGGCAGUUGGCGAAUUUGUAUCGGGUGAAUUGUGGAAGUAUGGACCAGCUUGGCUUCAGUCACCUGAAGAAAAAUGGCCUACACCUCUUCCGCUUCAUGCACCAGUCGACAACAUCGAAGCCCGGAAGAUAGUUGCUACAAUGGUUCGAGCUAAACCAGUUGUUAAUUCCAUAUUUCUUCGGUACUCGUCAUUCACGCUGCUUGUACGAGUCACUGCUCAUUGCCUGCAAUUUAUUCGCCUAACUCGAUUAAAAGCUCGAACCAAUCCACAAUCCAGACCAGGUACCAGCCAGCUUUUGUCUGUAACGCAAUUAGAAGAAGCAAAAGUGCGAUUAAUCCAGAUUGCCCAAGCAGAUGAAUUCAGCCAGGAGAUAGAAGAACUUCAAGCGCAAAAACCGCUACAUAAGCAAUCGCAAAUUCGUGCACUUAAUCCUUUCAUAGACCAGCAAGGAACUAUCAGAGUGGGGGGGAGGUUGAGACUGUCUGACCAGCCAUAUUCCUAUAAACAUCCAUCCCUUUUGCCCAGCUUUCACCCACUGUCCAAAUUAAUCGCCAAAUUCUACCAUCUGAAACUGCUACACGGUGGUGGCCAACUAACACUUGCCGCCAUGCGCGAAACAUAUUGGCCAGUUCGAGGCAAACGACUUGUGAGAAGUGUGAUUAGUAAUUGUCUCCCAUGUGUACGAGCCAAUCCCGUUCCGGCCCACCAACGCACAGGUCAACUUCCGAUACCCCGUGUUACACCGAGCCGACCGUUCACCGUUACCGGUGUUGAUUAUGCCGGCCCCGUCUACUUACGCCCUCCACAUAAGCGCGCAUCCCCAACGAAAGCCUACAUCUGCAUCUUCGUUUGUUUCUCAACUAAAGCCGUCCACAUUGAGUUGGUUUCGGAUCUCACUACUUUGGCCUUUUUAGCAGCAUUUCGACGUUUUUUCUCUCACAGAGGAUUGCCUGCGCACGUACACUCCGACAACGGUAAAAAUUCCAAAGGGGCGCGAAACGAAAUAUGCGAGCUGUACCUGUGGUUGAACAGCAAACGAAACAGAGAAGGGAUCGAAACAAACCUAGCCAACAAUGGCGUAACGUGGCAUAUGACACCCUCCAAGGCACCCCACUUUGGUGGCCUUUGGGAGGCAGCGGUAAAAAGCGCGAAAAAACAUCUGCAUCGGCAAUUAGCUAACACUCGUCUGUCACAAAUCGAAGCUAGCAUGAACUCGCGACCGCUAACACCACUUACUGAGGACCCUAACGAUUUUUCUGCGUUGACACCGGCGCACUUCUUGGUGGGAACCACACUGCAUGCGCUGCCAGAACCAGACCUGCGAUGCCUUCCGAUUAACCGCCUGGAUCACUAUCAACAGCUGGAGACAGGUGGAGAACCGAAUAUUUGCACGAGCUCCAGAAGGAUCACAAGAUUUGCCAGGCAAAUGAAGAUAUCGUCCCCGGUCGCUUGGCACUUGUCGUAG